UUCUGCUCAACAAGGUUGUGCCGUGUAGAUCUUGUGUAGAGAAAUGAAGGCAACUGUUUCAAUAUAUCUGUUCCUGUGCCUCUGUGGACUGAGCUUCAGUUUCAACAGAAUACACUUUUAUGUGAAAGACGUAAUGAACUGGAAUGAUGCCCAGAUGUACUGCAGAAAGCAUUAUUAUGAUUUGUCCACUACUACCACACAAGAAGCGAUGGUGAUCUCCAGUAACCACAAGGAUACUGUGGUUCAUGUUUGGGUUGGGGCAUACCAAAAUCCUUCAAACUCAUCAGAAUGGAUUUGGUCUGGAGGUGAGAAACAACCAGUUGAACAGUGGAACAAUUAUGAACCAAACUAUCUGGAUCUUGAGAAAUGUGCUUUUCUAACAACAUGGAAUUCUAAACUGAUCAAUGAUCGAUGCGGUAGGACUUUGUCAUUUUAUUGUAUGGACUACUUUGAACCGAUAGUGAUACAUGAGAAUAAGACAUGGAAAGAGGCUCUGGACGACUGCAGACAAAACUACGUUGAUCUUGUCAGUAUCACCUCUGAGUGGAAAAUGGUAGAGGUGACAAAAAACAUCACAACAUCACAGACAGCUUAUGUAUGGACUGGGCUACGAUUUUUAUCUGAAUAUUGGUUCUGGGUCAGUGGUAAUAAUGUUGAAUAUAAAGCCUGGUCUGCGGAGGGAGAGCUCCAGUGCCCUCCCAGAAAUCUCAAGUGUGGAGCUUUGGAUAUAGUAAAAAAGGUUUGGAAACCUAAAGACUGUGAGGAGAGAUUAAACUUUGUCUGUAUUAAGAAUUAAAUAAACUGUCUGAAAUAGAUAUUCUGAUAUAUGACACUUUUAUGUUAUGUUAAGAAUCUAAGCUGAACCUUUCCUUAUAUUUGUAUAAAACACAUUUACAUGACUUUUGCAGUCUUUAAUCCAUAAAAAUGUGGUCAUAGAUAAUGUUUUCAUAGCGUGCAUACUGUUGCAUGCAUUUUUGUGCAAAACUCAUUUUUGUGUAAAACUCAACUCGAGACUUCAGCCCUCAAAUUUACUUGAAAAACUUGAGUACAUAGCCUGACUUACACAAAUAAUAAGUGAUGUGUAUUAAUAAUUUAGGUAAAUGUAUCUUAAAUGUUCCAGCUCUUCCAAUAUUUUUCAUAAAAUCAAAUGCACUAAAAUUUGAGUUGGUUUAAACAACUAUUUGUAAUAUCAAUAUACGUGUUUAAUUACUUUAAUCAGUUAACUUCAAUGGUCUUGCUU